CGGGACAGUAGGUGGCGACAUUUCGCCGAGUAACACGGAAGUAGGAGGAGAUUGCAAGAGUUGAGUUUACCAAAAUAAUGGCAACUGAGAGGAGUAUGAGUACAGUUUCUAUGCUUAAGGGUUUAGGUUACCUCAGCAGCUGCUGUCUGCGGCGCUGUGACUGUGACGAGCUGCCGUGUCCGCUCCUCUGCUGGCUGUCCGCGGAACUGCAGUCUGUCUGUCCACAGCUGCCAGGGAGAAGCGGGGACAUGUUGCUGGUGAGAGAGUUAAGAACUUUACUGGAUAACCUGUUCUCACCCUUCAGCCUGCUGCCAGAGGUGCUAGAACCUGAUUCCCUCAACAAAAUCACUGAGUUCCUUGCAUCAGAAUUACAAGCAGCUCGCAUAAUCAAGUACAAGGAAUUACCCGAUGAUAAGACGCCGGGAGACAAAUCUGCAAAAGAGCAGCGUGUGGAAGAUGGUCAACAGGAAAAAAAACGGGAGUUUUGCCAGGAAAGUGAUGACGAUAUUCGUGCAAAAAACCGACGGGAUGCAGAGGCACAGGCAGAAUGGGUAUUAUUACUUCACGCCCUCAGCAGGGACGCCUCCUCUACCUUUACAGAUGUUUUGUGCGAGGUGGAAUCCCGACUCGGUAACUGUGGAGACGUGAUGGAGCCGCUUCUUCACACCAGCCUGAGUUCAGAGCAGUGGGAAGUACUUGAAAAGAUAAAUCAAGUUUUAUCUGAAGACUACCAAUGUCGGCGGCAAAUGAUAAUCAAACGCUUUCAGGUCACACUGCAGUCGUUUGCAUGGGGUGAAAAACAAAAGGAGCGUGAUGAAGCUCUGGCCUCUGUGCCUCCUCUUGCAUCGCUUGCUGGUUCCUCACGAGUGUCCAUACCGCUUGUGCUUGCUGCCAGAGCAGAUCAGUCCUCCGUCCAACCAAUCAGGGCUGGAAGAAGCACAUCAGUUUACAAGGUGCUGAUGGGUGGUGUACCAGACAGAGGGGGACGACCAGGGGAAAUCGAGCCACCAAUGCCAACCUGGGAAGACCGAAGAGCAUCUGGGAACAGAUCAGGACGGGGAAGUGGACAACAAAAGUGGCAUAAAUUUAAAGGGAAAAAGAAAAAAGGGAAACAAGACUAAUUAAUAAAUAAAUAAAUAAAUAAGCACUUUUCUGUUUGAAAUGUUCAUGUUUUAUGUUAUUAAAUGCAGUCUAUGAUAGUUUGGCAUUUAGAAUUCUAAGGGAUGUACAUGCACGACCAGUCAAAAUUUUGGUGCUAUAUGUGAGCACAAACUGUUUCUCAGACAGACAUACUGGAGCUACUGGUGUGUAACAAAAUUAUUUUCAAACAUUUUGUUGUGAUAAAAGAGAAUGGGGGGACUUGACUUGGAGUUGUAUGUGAUUACGUUGACUAUUUACGUGAACAUGUAUGUUUAUAGAAUGCAAAUUUAUUAAAUUGAGGGGAAGAAAUCCCUGUCAAAUGUUUGUCAUCAAUAAUUAAUCUACAAUUAAUCUUUGAUCUCUGAUUCCGAUUCCUUUGCUCCUGUAACCUUAAUAACAUCAAAGCCAUGCAGUUUCAUGUGACAGUCAUGAGCUUUAUGUCACAAUUAAAAGGAAAGUGGCUUACUUGAUGA